AUGCGAUGCUAUCUUCACGCUCUCCUCCUGUGCGUGGUCUUCACCCUCCUCUCUCUGCUCUAUGGCUUCAGUCAGCUAGCCUCCACUUUGGAGGACGGCGACGAGGGGAGUGUGAAACAUCACGGAGGGAGCGGUCGUGACACCGGGCACGUUUUCAGGAAAACACCGGGACUUGCAGGCCUUCGAGGUCGCGAGGAAGGGCUGGACAGGUGUAAAUCACUGUCAGUUUCUUACUGGAAUCCCUAUUGGAGACUGCCUGCUGAUGUUUGUGGAGUGAACUCCUUAUUGGAAUCAUCUUUUAGGUCUGGCUCGGUUGCUAAGGAGCUCAGUGAGGAGCGGAGUCACCUGGCUGUGGUGGCCUGUGGGCCCAGGCUGGAGGAAACCCUCACCAUGCUGAAGUCCGCCACUCUUUUCAGCAAAAAGCCGCUGCACUUCUACAUCUUUGCCGAGGACGAACUUCAUGACAGCUUCAGAAAUGCUCUGGAAUCAUGGCCCCAGGCGGUCCAAGCAAAAUUCAGCUAUUCCAUCUACCCAAUCACGUUUCCCAAGGAGAAUGCCAAGGAGUGGAAGAAGCUCUUCAAACCCUGUGCCUCCCAGAGGCUCUUCCUGCCUCUGAUCCUUAAAGAAGUGGACUCCUUGCUUUACGUGGACACAGAUAUCCUGUUCUUGCAGCCCGUGGAGGACAUCUGGGCUCUUCUCUCUCAGUUCAAUUCCACGCAGCUGGCCGGCAUGGCCCCGGAGCACGAGGAGCCUCGUAUUGGCUGGUACAACCGCUUUGCCCGCCACCCCUACUACGGCAAGACGGGCAUCAACUCGGGGGUCAUGCUGAUGAACAUGACGCGACUCAGGGAAAAAGUCUUCAAGAACGACAUGACGGCUGUUCGGCUGCAGUGGAAGGAAAUUCUAAUGCCCCUCCUCCAGAAGUACAAACUCAAUAUCACCUGGGGUGACCAGGACCUUCUUAAUAUCAUAUUUUCUCAUAAUCCAGGCAGCCUAUAUGUGUUCCCCUGCCAGUGGAACUACCGUCCAGACCACUGCAUGUAUGGCAAUAAUUGUCAACAUGCCGAGCGAGAAGGUGUCUUCAUUCUCCAUGGUAACAGAGGAGUUUAUCAUAGUGAUAAGCAGCCAGCAUUUCAGGUGGUCUACGAGGCCAUCCGGAAGUACCCCUUCAGUGAGGACUUGGAGACCUCUCUUUUUCGCCCACUGGAGGCGUUGCUGCAGACGACCACACACACCUACUGUGGCAGAGCCAGCCACUUGUUUACCAAGAGGCUCAAACGCAGCAUUACGUCUGUUCAACAAGAAGCCACGCUGAAGAGAUGA